UGGAUAUCAUCACAUAUAGCUAUGGAAAUUGAAUGAUUAUUGUUGUUUAUUAUACUUCAUAUUUUUUUUUCAAAUGCAAAGUGCGAUGGAGCCCACGAGAAAAAUGUCUAGAAAAAAACUAAUGUCCGUAGAUUUUGAAGUUUUUGGUAAAGUUCAAGGACCCUAUUUCAAAAAGUAUACGGCGCAAGUUGCUUAUUCUUUACAUCUAAAAGGCUGGUGUAUGAACAGCGACCGUAAUACCCUUAAAGGGGUGGUUGAAGGACGUGUUUCCGAUGUAGAAUCAAUGAAAAACUGGUUGAAAAAAAAUGACAGACCACAAUCAAAAAUUGAUGCAGCAAUAUUUUCCGAAGAAAAGGAAGUAGAUUUUAUAUCAUACGAUGGAUUUAGAAUUCUAAUAUAAUUAAAGCUUCUCGUGGCAAGUGAGAAAUUUCCAGUUAAUUUAUUUUUCAAUUACAAAAUUCAAUAUUUUGUAGAUUAAUGUACUGUGUACAAAAACUGUUCAUUUGUUAUGUAUUUGUUACAAAGAAAUUAAUAAAUUUGGUUUGAACAAUUCUCUUA